CCUCCAAAACGCACAUUCAAAAGACGCCAACGACGACGUCGCCCUUAAGCAUGAAAACCCGCGAAACUUGGAACGUGGACACACACAUUCACACACCACCAGCUCCCCUCAGCCCCCACACCGCACUAUAUAUACUCACACACGCUCGUCUGUUCUAACUGUUUUCGUUUUAGGGUUUACGACACACGCCGCAUUGUGCUCCUCCUCCGCCGCCGCCUCCAUGGACGACGUUAGGGCAACCUCCGCUUGGGUCGCUAGCCGCUCCUCCCACGUCGUCGUCGACUCUGCAGGAAUUGAGAAAGUGGUGAGUACCAUUGAGUCGGUUCCCAAGGUUGAGUGGGAUUUUGAAGGGAUUCACUAUUUUGACAACGGACCACUCACUGUUCAGUACUUGUUUGUCUUGGACGCUUUGAACUUUUGCUUCUGGCCUGAUAAGGAUUUGAAUUAUGAGCAUUUAGCGGCUGGGCUAAAGGCUGCUCUUCAAAAGGAUAAAUCUGCAUUUGAUGCUGAUCGUCUGCAAAAGUACACUGGUCCACAACUACGUGAGCUUUUGAAUUGGCCAAGACCUCUUCCUUUGGAAGAUGAACGUGUUAGGUUGCUUCAUGAGGUUGGGAUUGAAUUGGAAAGAAGCUUUGAUGGAAAAGCAUCUAAUCUUGUAGAGCGCUGUGAAAAAUCAGCUGUGAAUCUAGUUGCCCUUGUUGCACGUCACUUUCCUGGCUUUAGAGACCAUUCAGUGUACAAAGGUCGCCAGGUAUUUUUGUACAAAAGAGCUCAGAUAUUUGCAGCAGAUUUAUGGGGUGCAUUUAAGGGCCAAGGAUAUGGUGAUUUUAAAGACGUCAACUCUCUAACUAUAAUGGCAGACUAUAUUGUCCCAGCUGUGCUUCAACAGCUUGGUGUUUUAAAAUAUAGUCCUACACUUGCCAGUACUAUUGAGGCUUCUGGAGAAAUAGGUCCAGGGACCGAAGAGGAAGUUGAACUGCGGGCUUGCUCUGUAUACGCUGUGGAAAAAAUGAGGGAGCUGAUAAGUGCAAAAUCAGGAAAACAGGUGCUUAGCGUGGAGCUGGAUCUUUGGCUCUGGGCUUUUGGUGUUCAGUGCACAUCCCUGCAGCACCACCGAACUCUUUCAAUAUAUUAUUGAAGCGCAUGAUAUACGGUAGAGCAAGAAAAUUUUGGCGGUUUUUAACCUAAUUAUUUAGGUAAUGUGAAUAAGAACAUCCUUUUGCACUUAAGUUCUGGAAUUUGGCGGUUGUAAUUUUGGGAAACAAGAUAGGAUUUGAAUUUCGAAUUGCUUUAAUAUUUGAAUUUUAGGACCAAGCUUAAAUUUCUUAUAACGUAGUGUAAUCCCUACAAAACAACUGAUCUAGCUGUUGAGUUAGACAUGUACCAAAGAAAAAGCUGUUGAGUACUUGAGUUAGACCCUAUUUGAAUAUCAAUAAACAAAGUAUGGAAAUGGCAAAA